AUGAAACAGCCUUCUUUGAAUUUAAGUUCAAUGACUUUGGUGAAAUUGCUACCCGGGGUUAAUAAAACUAUAGAAAUUAAUCCAUUAUUAUGUGCUUCGUUUAAUGCUGAUUUUGAUGGAGAUGAAAUGAAUAUAUACGAAAUAAAAGAAGAUAAAGAUGAUUUAAAAAAUAAAUUGAGUUUAGAACCAAUAAAAACCCAAGAUUACGUAUUAGGAGAUUUAAGGGAAUUAACAUUUGAAGGAUUAACAGCAAAAGUAGAAGGAAUAUUAUUUAUGAUAAAAAAUAAAUCAAAAGGGUCUCAAUUUAAUUAUGAUCAUACUUACAAGAAAUUGGGUAAAAUAAUUGUUAAUAACAAAGUAUUAAUUGAUAUAAAUGAAUGUUAUGUGGAUGGAUUAAGUGAUGAUAAUUGGUUUGAAGGUUGUAAAACCGCAAUAGAAAGUGCUUCAUCAAUAAGUUUUAAUAUAAGUGGUUACUUGGCAUAUAUAUGCAAUCAAGCAUAUCUAUGA